AUGGAGGAACAUGGAGAUGACCAAUACUGUUUUCAAGAUGGAAACUCUUCUUGCAGAAAGGAUUCACUGUCAACAUAUAUUUACAUAACACUAUACAUCUUCUUCUCAUUGAUUUCAGUUGUUACAGUAUUUUUAAACCUACUGGUGAUCAUCUCUAUCUCUCACUUCAAGCAUCUCCACACUCCAACCAACCUGCUCAUCCUCUCUCUGGCUGUGUCAGAUCUCCUGGUGGGACUCAUCGUGAUACCUGCAAUUACUGUCGCAAUAUUGGAGCCAUGCUGGGUUCUUGGAGAAUAUUUUUGUGCAUUGCUUAUUUAUGUAACUUAUACAUGUACUUCAAUAUCUCUUGGCAAUUUGGUCUUAAUAUCUAUCGACCGCUAUGUUGCUGUGUGUGAUCCAUUAAUGUACUUCUCAAGAAUAACAACAAACAGAAUGAGUUACUUUUUUAAUUCUUUUAUUAAUCCAAUAAUUUAUGCUUUAUUUUAUCCAUGGUUCAAAGUGACAGCAAAACGUAUUUUAACCCUGAACUUAGGUCAUGGAUAG